UGUGCGUAUUGCGUAUCAGACAGCAGCAGCAGUCGCGUACUGUGUUGUUGUUGUGUUUCCGACGAAAACAUUUCCCUUAUCAUCAACUUCUUGUUUAUAAACAUUGAUCGUGUUCGCGGGUUUUCCGGUCGGACGGAUACGAUUCGCGAUACUGGAGUUGCAAACUUCCUGCACCCGGUGCCCUAGUGUCUUUUAAUAUUCGUGGCUAGGACAGCCGGAUCGUUGACGAUGGAUUUCGAAGAAUCGUUCAUGAGCGCGCAGGACUUCGACUUGGUGCAAGUGGAACAAGCACAGGAGAUGAAAGAAAGCACGACGACCACCCCGCCGCCCGUGGCUAACAAACGAGGACGGAAGCCCGGAAAGAAAUCCAGCGACAAAGUGGACAUCAGAGCUAAACUAGAAAGGAGCCGGCAGAGCGCUCGUGAGUGCCGUGCUAGGAAAAAGUUGCGCUACCAAUAUCUUGAGGAAUUGGUGACUGACCGUGAGAAAGCAGUAAUUUCCUUGCGGCAAGAACUGGACAAAUAUAGAAUGUGGUGCGUUGAGGUCGAUGAAGGUAAAAUUCCUGAUGGCCUGCCCGGACUGCUUGACGAAUUGGGCGCUGUUAAACAAGAAGCUGGUGGUGUACUCAUCAUGUAAUAUUAUUGUACAUACAUAUUAUCUUCAUAUUGUGUUUAUUGUGCCAUUGAUUCUGUUGUAUAUGGUUUAAUAUUUUUAUUGAUUUUAAAAUAACAGUUAUAAUGUUUUGUUGACAAAUAACAUCAUAUAUUAAAAUAUUAAUAUUUGGAAGUUACA